UCUGCCCCAGCCGCGCGGGUCUGGAGGCCCCUUUGGGGGAAAUCCUGGGCAUUUCUGGUUGAAAGUGGGGAAACUGAGGCACAGCAACAUGUGCUCAGUGCUAGCCUGGCUGCAGAGCCCAGUUGUCCCGCUCACUUGGGCACCGCCUGUUCCCGAGGCCUUGGGGCCAGCCCGGGAGAGGCUGGAAAACCCUGGAGCUGGUGGAGGGGAUGCUGCCAAACGCCGGCACCCGGAGUUUUGGCCCCAAAGGGCCACACCUGGGCUCAGAGGGGGUGGGGGGGUUGCAACCUCGCUUUCCCGUUCAUCCUAGCUCUGUUGCAAACCCCUUCGUCUCCCCGUGCCCAGCACAAGGCAGAGCUCGCCGCAGGACAGCGGGGGCAGCCAGGGCCGAGGCAGGGUUUGCUGGGAGAGCAAUGGCUCCGGCGGGAUGCAGGUGGAGCUGGAAAUAGGGAAGCAGGUCGAGGUAGUCGGCAGCGUCGGCAGCGUCGUGGGUAUCCACCCAAGGGUGGGGAAGAGGAGGUGGGGCUGUGCCACCUGUGGCUGGCCGGGAGCACAAAAGUGGAGGUGUCCGUACAGAGCCUGAGUUUAGCUUCUAAGCAGCUCUGAGGUCUGUAUUGAAAGGGUGAUAGGGGCUCUGCCUGGGUAGGGUUGAGAGCUUUGCUGCUGCUGCCGCCACUGCCUUCCUGGGCUGUGUAAUGAGGUGGGUCAGGCCUCUGCAGAGCCCUGUGUGCUUUUGGCUGGGCUGUAUCUCCAGCUGAAACCUGCCUAUUGCAGACCCAAAGCCCCUGUUCAGACCCUGGGUGGUGCCCAAGAGGGUGUUGGGUGGUUGGGACCCGGCCUGUGGUGAUGGGCAGUGGCUCAGGGAAGGCCGUGGAGGUUGUGUGAUGUCUGUGCCGGGAGAUGUUUAUCCCUGUGCCUGGAAAAGGAACAAGGGGAAAUGCUCCAUUGCCCCUGGAGAAGAAAGAGAGGAGAGAGUGAGGGCUCUUUCUUGCACUGCUGCUCUGGUGCAGAAGAGAUGCUCCUGGCUGCAUCCCUGUCACCAGACAGGCUCUCAGUCUGAGAGGAGUCCUCAUCUGGGCCACGUGUCUGCAGGGAUCCCCUAUGUCAGUGUCUCCCUUUCCUCCCCAGCUCACUCAGGACUCUGGCAUCUAAGUAGUGGCCUGGCAGGACGCAAAGGAUCAGGGACCUGUGACCUGCUGGUGGCCUGGGACAGGACUGGAUGGCAGCAGAUCAGCACUGUGGCUUGGCACUUGGGCUCCUCUGCCUAGCACCCUUGGGCAUCGCUGCUCUGUGCUCUGACCUCUCCCUGCUUCUCGAGGACACAUUGGGGAGGGGCUGUGUGUGAGGACUCUUUCUAGGGCUCUUUUGCCCUAGAAAUACAGCUUUUUCUGGGGAUUUCCUGGCUGAUACAAGAAGAGGCAUGAGGAAGGCUGUGGCUUUUAGCCAGAGGAGGUACUGCUCCUGGAAAGAGACUUUUUCCUAUCUGAGGGGAAAGGGCUGCUUUAAACUCGCUUCCUGCUUCUGCAGACUGUGAGGACUUGGCCCAGUGUAUCUACUAGGUCUCUUGGGGUCCAUCAAGAUGUCACCGUUUGCAGCAUGGGGAGGUCAAGUGAGGUUGGUGGAGGAAGGUGCUCAUGGUCUCCUGCCUCUGUGGUGGAGGCACAGAGAAAGCAUGGACCUCUGCAGGAGCUGUGGCUGAGGUGCAGAGCCGGAGCCAGCAAAGCCUAGGGAUGCACUGAGCAGGCAAUGCCACUGGCCUGGCACCAACAUCCCAGCUGUGUCAUGGCACGGCUGGUGUCUCAGGAUGUGACAAAAGGCCAAGACCGCUCCAGGGCUGUGCAGCUCUUACAAGUCUGGCACCGCAUGCUUGUCCUUGUGUCUUCCCUUUGCAGAGCCCAGGGAGCAGGUGGAGCAGUUACACUGGGAGUCUCCUGGCUGCUGAGAUCCCAAGGUCACAUCCUGCUGUCCUGGCUGUCAUCCCUGGCCCAGCACCCAGCAAGGAGCCAGCAGCACCAUGAUGUCCCAGACGGAAGCAGGUGAGGAGGCUUUUGAAUACUGUGAUGUUACCAUCAACAGCCAGGAGAAGGCUUCGGAUGUGUAUACCCAGCUGGAGAAGCUUGGAGAGGGGAAGUUUGGGAUGGUGUACAGGCUGCAGGAAAAGGCCACCGGGAAGAUCCGGGCUGGGAAGUAUUUCCGGACACGGAUGCCCAAAGAGAGGCAGGCGGCUCGGGCAGAGGUGGAGCUCAUGAACCUGCUGCAUCAUCCACGCCUCGUGCAGUGUCUCGCUGCCUUCCAGAGCCCUGAGGAGCUGGUGAUGGUGAUGGAGUACAUCGCGGGCAGGGAGCUCUUUGAACGGAUCGUGGAUGACGACUUUGAGCACACGGAGCCCAGCAGCAUCCAGUACGUGCGGCAGAUCCUGGAGGGGCUCCAGUACAUGCACAGCCAGGCCAUCGUCCACCUGGACCUCAAACCUGAGAACAUUGUCUGCGUCAGCCCGAGCAGCCACUGGCUCAAGAUCAUCGACUUUGGUCUGGCACGGAAACUGGCUCCAGACAACCCUGUGAAGGUGCUGCAUGGGACCCCUGAGUUUAUGGCUCCAGAAGUGGUCUCCUUUGAGCCUGUGGGGUUCACCACAGACAUGUGGAGCAUUGGUGUAAUCUGCUAUAUCCUGUUGAGUGGUGAGUCCCCCUUCCAGGGGGAAAAUGACAUGGAGACGCUGAGCAACAUCACAGCUGCCCAGUGGGAAUUUGAGGAAGAGACCUUCUCAGAGAUCUCCCAGCAGGCCAAAGACUUCAUCAGCCAGCUGCUGCAGAAGGAUGCCCGGUGCCGGCUCUCCAGCAAAGAGGCUCUGUUGCACUCCUGGUUGCAGCAGCCAGCACCCAGCAGCACAAAGGUGCUGUCAAAGGAGAGGAUUAAGCAGUUCCUGACUCGUCGCAAGUGGCAGAAAACAGGAAAAGCCCUGCUGGCUCUCAACAGACUGACCCUGCGCUCCCAAAACCUGGACAGGAAAGCAUUGGACACCCAGGAUGAAGAAGACCUGUGCUGCAGCCUGGAAGAGGACCAAGCCUUUGCACUUCUGCCCCAGCAGGGCCCCAGCUUCUCAAAGCCGUUGACAGACCAAGAGGCGGCGGAAGGUGGGAGCAUUUGUCUCCAGUGCCGCAUUGAAGGUGUCCCUGCCCUGGAGGUCACCUGGCUCCAGGAUUGCACUCCCCUCAAGGACAGUCCCCGUGUCCGCAUCAAGUGUGGGCCUGAUGGGUGCUGCAGCCUCACCAUCUUGGAGCUCACGCCAAAGGAUGCGGGGCGAUACGUGUGCAGGGCUGUCACGGCCACAGGAAAGGUGGAAACCAGUGCUGUGGUGGCUGUGCUCCCCCAGCAGGGGGACAGACAAGGCCUUCUCCAGUCCCAAGAGAGCUAGCAGGACACUGCUGAGAGCAGAGGUAUGGCCCAGUUCCCUCCUCUGCCAGGACCUGGCUGGCUGUCCCACUGUAGGCCCAGACCCCAGGACUUGCCUCUGGUGGGUGAGCUCUGGGGUUGGGGCUUCCACCCUGUCCCUGUGCUGGACCAAGGCCUUCCUGUCCACAUGGGCUCCUGUGCCAGCUGACUGCCAAGCUCUGCUCACUGUGUUUCACGAGGCCAAUAAAGCAU